ACUAUUAUACGAAAAUAUUUUAAUUCUGAUACUGCUAAUUGUUAAACGAAUAUUAUAUUGUAAAUGAAUAAAAAUAUUUUUUCAUCAUGAAUAACACAACAUUCUUGGAUAUAGAUGAUACAAUAUUAACAAAAAACCUAAUAUUACCUGAUAAUGAUACACUGAUAAAACAAUCUGAUUCUAAACCUUUCUUUAUUAUCCAACCUACACCAGGUAUAUGUAUAAAAACAAGAACUGAUGGUGGAGAAAAAGUAUUCUUAAACAUAUGUACAUCUGAUAAAAUACCACCACCUGAUGAUAUAUCGGACGCAAAACUUUUUGAAAUAUUGUCACAAGAAAGUCCAGAAUUUGUAGUACUUAUGAGUAUUGGAUGUGAAAGAUUUGAAACUGAUAAAGGUGGAUCUCCUUGUUUGACAUAUGAUAUCGUUAUUAAUACAACAUAUUUUGAAAAAUGUCAAAAAAGCAAAAACUUUUUAUUAUUCACAAUAUCAGUUAUAAUAGAUGGUGUAUCGAACAAAUUUAACAGAACAUUAAAUACAGAAGAUUAUGUGAUUCUUAAAAAUAGAAAAGUAAUGGGAAAAUUACAACAGCACAGGAUUGAAGAUCGUAAGCCACGAACUCACACACAAAUCCAGAAACAAUUAAUUGAGGAAAUUAAAAUUCCUACUAAAGACAUUCAUGAAAAAGAAAAUAAAAGUAAAUUAGAAAAUAUUUCUUCAGAUACUGUAGUUGGUUUAAAUCAAAAUUAUGUAUUACUGAAACAUUUAAAAGGAACAUCUAUACAUUUGAUUGGCGUAUUCCAAAUACCUAAAGGGAUUACUAGAAAAGAGGUAGAUGUACUUCUUGACCAAGAUCGUAUUGUAAUUACUAUUGAUAAAACUGGUCUCGUAUAUGAUUUAUCAGUUCCAUACAUCAUAAAUAUACCAUAUGUGAAAUGUAUUUUAGAUAAUAAUCUCAGGGUAUUAAGGUUAGAUAUGCCUGUGGAAAGAGUUUUAGAAAAUAUUCAAACAAGUUAAUUUUUAAUCAAUUAGUUUAUUGUAACGAAAAACAUUGUAACAUUUAUUUAUACCUUAGGAAGGUAAAAUAUAAACUUUCUUACUAA